AUAUGAAAUCAAAGGAAGAAAAAAUGGGUUUCUAAUUGAUUUUAUGAACAAUAGAUCAGACAUCAAACACAGUCAAGAUUAAACCCACAAGAGAUUCUUACACUGGAAUCCUGAAAAUCGAAGAAUAUGGGUCUUCUUUGCUCGAUUCAGUGCGUUUAAAUUCAAUAAAUUGAAGAAGAGAUCCAACCAAGAAUUACCUGUUUGUUUUUGGUGGAGAUUGAGUGUCAUAGCCAUUGCAAAUCAAGCUCGAAAUUGUAACUCCUGUGACGUUUAGUUGAAUUGAGGGCUCUGUUUUCUCUCCUCUUCCAUUCCUUCACCUUCUGCAAAUCCUAACCCCUUAACCUCAAUUGCCCCCAAUUAUCCAUCUCUCUCUCUCUCUCUUGCUAACUCAAAAUUUACUCCCAUCAAACUUGGAUUGCGCCAACAAACUAGUUUAGGAAACAAGUUGAUGGAACCCAAAUCUGGGCGUGCGAAUAGGAGUAAGAAACCCAAAAUUGGGAAUGCGGAUUGCUGCAAAAGGUAUUGGAGAAAAGAUCGAAGUCUUCGGUUUUCUUGCAGAUGUCAUCUAUAUGGCCUCAAUGGCUACAUUGCGGCCGAGGAAGACGACGGAGGAGGUGCAGAAAAACGAUGUCUUCUACUAGAUAUAGGUAGCAAGGGACGCAGAAGAGGAAGAAUCUACUGGAAGGAGUUGGGCUAGGUGAAGAGACAAGCUAGUUUGGAGAAUCUAAAAUGGUGAGCGAAACAGAAGGAGAGGAAGAAUCUAGAUUUGGGUUCCAUUUUGUUAUAGUUCAAUUGAAGGAAUUCUAGGUUGCGGUGGGUUGAUUAGAGGGCAACGGGGGACCAAACAAUCUAAUCGAAGAUGAUGCGAGAGGAAGAAAGGUGGCGAAUUUGUAAUGUUAAUAUGAUUGAAUAAAUAAAAUUAAUUGUU